CUUUUACGUCGGGAUGCCGUCGGGUUCAGUCUCACGGCGUCUCGCGCGCGAAUCACUUCUAUUUCGGUAUCGUGAGUUUAAAUUAUUUUAAAACUAUUUAUUUUUAAAUUUUAAUCCCACUAAUAAACAAAUCAAUAACCCAAAAAAAAAAUUCAAAAAUCAAAAUUCCAAAAUUUUUUUUUUUUUAAAUUAAUUAUGAAAUUUAACACCAGUUCGUCUAAAACACGUAUCUCAUGGAUAUUUGAAACAAGUCCUCAUUACCAUCAGUAUUGUACUAAUCAACAUAUGAGUCGAGCCAACUAAAUAACCGCGAAUUUAAACAGAGAAAUAUAAUUAACAAUCAUAAUCCACACAUACAUACAUACAUACAUAUAUACAUAUAUACUUAUAUUUUCUCUGCAAAUUAUAUAAUUCUAUAACAUACAAUGAACGAAACAACAAUUCCAUUCAACGAUACCGAUGAUAUCUGGGGGGAUUACGAUUUAGACGACUCCCUGAAUUUUUUUGAUUGGUCGGAAUUAGCUCCUGCUCUGGUUAUUUACUCGAUCACAUUUUGUCUUGGAUUAACUGGUAAUGUUGUGAUAAUAGCAUCGACAUUAUGUCCUAAAUUGCGACCACUACCGUCAACACCGACAAAUAUUUUCCUCGGCGGACUGGCCAGCGCCGAUUUUAUAUUGAUCACGUUCUGCAUACCUGUCAAGAUUGCCAAAUUAUUUUCUUACUCCUGGACCAUGGGAGCGUUUGUUUGCAAGUCGGUCCACUAUGUCCAGAGUGUUGCGGCUAUUUGCUCUGUGCUCACUUUGACGGCGAUGUCUAUCGAGAGAUAUUACGCGAUAGUCCAUCCAAUGAGGGCUCAGUACACCUGCACCAUCAGCCAGGCGAGACGAAUCGUCAUCGUAACCUGGACUGCAUCAUUUUUUUUGGCCAUUCCUAUCAUAUUCACCCAAAUCCAUAAGCCCGUGGGUGAGCGCAUACCGUCUUUUUGGUGUGUACGUGACUCGGAUUCACAACUUCUCUGGCGUCUACAUGAACUUUAUAUGCUUCUGCUGGUCCUCGUUGUCCCCCUUGUCGUUAUGGCGUUUUGCUACACCGCCAUAUGCUGGGAAAUUUGGCGCGUUAUGAAGCGAAGAUAUCACAUGACAUCCAGACAUGCAUUGAGUCCAACGAUAUCCACAAAUAACGGAGAGUGUAUCCUCAUGACGGAAAGGGGACGAGUGGAAAAUUCACGACGAUCUCGAAGCCGACGUGAAAAUACUAGGACAGAGGGUGAAUCCCGGACUAUAAAGCAGGUCGUGAAAAUGUUGGUGGCAGUGGUGGUUCUCUUCGCAAUCUGCUGGAGCCCUUUGCUUAUCGACAACGUGCUCACAGCUUACGAAAUUCUGCCGCGGAUAAAACAUGGCUCCAUCAAGCACAUGAAUACCGCAUUCCAAUUAAUGGCCUACUUCAACAGCUGCAUUAAUCCAAUAGUAUAUGGAUUUAUGUCGAAACACUUCAGAGAGAGUUUCCUGGCAGCAGCUUGCGGUGGUUGGUGGUGUUGUUGCCGUAGAAAAGUAUAUACACCCCCGGUUAAAAGGCAUCCGAGUCUCAGUCAAACAAGGACGACAAGUGUUAGGUGGGCAUGACAGCUUAAUCGGCGGGAUUAUUAAUUUCGUCAAUACCAAGAGCAUUUUUGUUCAUGAAUAUAAAUAUAUGUAAGCUUGACAUAUCAAAGUUUAAUGGAGAGAUUUUUUUAAAUUUAUGUGCACAAGGACAAUUUAAAGAGAAAUAAAAUUUUUUUUGUAGAGAUCAAUGUUUUUUUAUGUGGGGUUGAAAAGUUAGAUCUAUGGGAGGGGGGGGAACUGAUCCCAAUUUUGACCCAUGACAAGUGAUCCCAGAUAACUGAUCCUUUAUUAUGUAGUAAAAAAAUGUAAUUAGAAAUAACUGGUUCUGAUCGGUGGGAUCAGUUGACUUGGGAUCAGUUGUCAUGGAGUCCAAGUGAUCCCAGACUUGUGAUCCCAUGAAAACUGAUCCCUUAUCAUGUAGUAAAAAAUAUAAUUAUAAAUAAUUGGUUCUGAUUGGUGGGAUCAGUUGUCAUGGAGUCCAAGCGAUCCCAGACAAGUGAUUCCAUGAAAACUGAUCCCUUAUCAUGUAGUAACAAAAUAUAAUUAGAAAUAAUUGGUUCUAACCGGUGGGAUCAGUUGACUUGGGAUCAGUUGUCAUGGAGUCCAAGUGAUUCCAGACUUGUGAUCCCAUAAAAACAGAUCCCUUAUCAUGUACUAAGAAAAUAUAAUAAGAAAUAAUUGAUGUUUUGAUCGGUGGGAUCAGUUGACUUGGGAUCAGUCGACAUUGAGCCCAAGUGAUCCCAGACAAGUGAUUUCAUGAAAACUGAUCCCUUAUCAAGUAGUAAAAAAAUAUAAUUAGAAAUAAUUGAUAUUCUGAUCAGUGGGAUCAGAUGCCCUUGGGAUCAGUUAUCUGGGAUUACUUGUCAGGGGCCAGUUGACAAGGAAUCCAAUUGAUCCCAUGAAAACUGAUGCCUUAAUAUAUAUAAUAAAAAUAAAAUUACUACCAAAUAAGGUGGGAUCAAAACUCCUUGGGAUCAAUGAAUCCCUUUUCCUAUCGAGUGAUCCCAUAGCGACUGAUUUCUCAAUCCAUACAAAGAAUAACAGAUACCACAAAAUCAUGUCUUGAUCAGUGGGAUCAAAUGGUCAUUGGGAUCAGUUAAAAUGGAACUAAAUUUUGAAGAAUAUUUUGUUGGAAUUCAUGAGUAAAAAUUUACGAAAAUACUUUUUAAAAAACGAAUUCUUAUAAUUUUAAGAUACUAACAUAUAAGCAUACGUUAGCAUUAAAUAUAUGGAUAAUACGCCCAAAAAUUCAUUUAAUUUAUCAAAAUUCGUUGCAAGUCGCGGUAAUUUUUGGAAAAAUUAUUAUCUUUUAUCCUCUCCCUGUAUUAUAGAUAUGAGUAAUGUUCAAAUUUCUAAGUAUGAUAUGAAGUAUUUGUGUUUAUUUAUUAUCAGU